UUUAAAUUUAAUGAAUAGAAAUGUGUUUAAAUAAAUUAGUGAUUAAAAAUGAAAAAGUUAAUUUUAAGUCAGUUUAAUCUCAGUAUUUAUGGGUGGGAUCCUAGUAUAUGCUACGGCCUUGGCGCCAUUUUGAAAGUUGUCGCCAACACCAAAUUGGCAAAAGAAAGAAUAGAAGUAUAUAAAAAAAAAAAUAGUUAAAAAAAGUCUGCACGAAUUUUAAAUACAUAUCUGUGUAUUAAAAUUAGUAAUGUGCUAAGAAUGCUGAACAGGUCUAAAUCCAUGAAAAAAUUGUGUGUUUUGUUUCCAAAAUAAAGCUUAUUGUGCCACAUAAAACAAUUGGUAAUGUUUUUUUCAAAUUUAGUACCAAAGAAAAGAAAAGGAAAAUUCGAUGCAUCAAACGAAUGAAAUAAGUUAUAUGAAAAAUGUAAUGACUAGGACACAUUCUGAAAAAAUGAUAUCGCAAUGAAAAUCUCAAACUGUGUUCAGACAGACAAAUCUGGAAGUGCAUCUUCGAAGAUAAAAAUGACUCUUACUUAUGAAGAGUUCGAAAAAUCUGCAAAAGAUUUAGCAGCUUUUUCUACUUCUGUAGGAGACGAAUGGCUUAUCAGGACUUUGAAAAAUGGUACAAAUGAAAAUAUUUAUCUAGAAAAGAGAAUCAUCAAGCCCAAUAACAGGGCACUUCAAAUUAAUGACCUUGAUUUAAAUGACAUACCACUUCAUUCAUCAUUUUCUGUACAUAGAUACUAUAUUCUAUACAGCCAUAGUUAUUCUGUUCCAGUAUUAUAUUUUAAUGCUUAUUAUGAAAAUGGCAAACCUCUCAGUCUUCAUGAAAUCUGGGAACAAGUACCAGAGUGUUAUCAAGAUGUUAUGCAUGCAAAAAAGUGGCAGAUGAUCACCGAACAAGAGCAUCCUGUUUCAGGAAUUCCUUGCUUCAUAAUACAUCCUUGCUAUACAGCUAACCUGAUGGAUUCUUUUCAAACUUCAAAUUAUGUUAUCAGCUGGUUAAGUGUGUUUGGACCUUUAGUAGGAUUGAAAUUGUCAUUUGACUAUGCUAAAUUUACACAAUAAUACAUUUUUGGUAGAAUAUCCUUUUAAUUAUUACUACUGCAUUGUAGAAUAAUUUAAAAUAUUCAAUGUUUGGUAUAAAAUGCAUUUAAUUAUUUAUAUUAUAAUGCAAAUAAAUGCCAUAUUUAUAAACAAA